AAAUAAAAGCAUCACCAAUUCAAAAUGCUUGUUGCCUUCAAAGCUACAUACUUUGAUUCGGUCCAUUCUCUUAGCUGAAUCUUUCAAGGAGAUUUCAUGCUUUUGUGUUGCAUAUGUUUGUCUAAUUGUCUCUGUCUUGAUAGUUUUUUCUUAUGCUUUAGCUAGCUUUGGUGGGUUCUAUCUAUUUUUUCUUUCCUUCACGCUUUCGUUGCUUAGUUACCCUUUCUUUUAUGCAUUUCGCAUCAAAUCUGUCACAUAUUCUUGGUUUCUAGAUCUGGGUAUUUUCUUUUUUCUCAGAAGAAUUCUUCUUUAGCUGUAGCCAAGACCAUCCAUGAAUCAAAACAUGUCAAAUGAAACUCUAAACAUCGGAAAUUAAUCCAAAGUCUCUCGACUUCGAGCGUAUCCAAAAGCCUGUGGAGGUUGCCAAUCUGCCCGAGAAAAGAAUUGUUCGUUGUUACGAAGAUGCAGCAGCAUACGGGACAUCUUGAGGAGGAGCUGAAGAAGACGAAGGACCAAUUAUAUGUAACCGAGAAAGAAAGGGAUCGAGCACUUGAUGAGGUGAAAGAGAUGAAAAAGGUGGCUGGGGAGGCCAACAUGAGGCAGAAGGUCAGAGAGAUGCAAAUGGAGCUGAAUUCAGUAAAGGAUGCAUUGUCGAUUGCAAGCCAGGAAUUGAACAUCAAAGAAAAUAAUAUGAUCCCUUUGAAACUUGAACUAGAGAAGGCAAAAAAAUUGGAGCUUAAACUGGCAGAGAGAGAUGCCUUAUUGGGCAAGUUGAAAGGGGAGUUGAGUAGUGUGAAAGUUUCUGAGGCUAACGUGAUUGCCUUAUUGUCUGACAGAAAUAUUAGAAUUCAGGAAUUGGAGGAGGAAAUAAAAAAAGGGGAGGAGCUGAAUUCAAAAACGUUUGAUUCAUUGGUUGUGCAGACAAAGCAGCUUGAGCAAACCAAGAUUUUGCUUGAAGAGGCAAAGCUUGAGAUUGCUUCUCUUCAUGAGAGAAUGAAGAAAUUGGAGGGUGAGAAAAUGGAUUCCUUGAAGGUGAAGACACUGAGGGAGGAAAUGGAGAUGCUUAAAAAUGAACUGAAGUUGGUAACAGAGGCGGAAGAGAAUGGGAAGAAGGCAAUGGAUGAUUUAGCACUAGCACUAAAGGAAGUGGCAACAGAAGCUAGCCAGGCGAAGGAGAAACUCAGUGUAAGCCAAGCAGAGCUAGACUGCAUAAAAGAUGAGGGAGAGAAUUUGAAGGUGAUGUUAAAGAGCAAGGAGGAGAUGUACAAAGAACUCUUGGAUGAAGCAAAGAAAGAAGCUGAACGGUAUAAGAAUACAGCAGAAAGGUUGAGACUAGAGGCUGAAGAGUCGCUCUUGGCAUGGAAUGAGAAAGAAACUGGCUUUGUUGAUUGUAUAAAAAAAGCUGAAGAGGAGAGGUUUGCUGAACAAGGAGAGACAAGUAGACUGCUUGAGUUGCUUACAGCAGCCGAGAGAAAGGCUAUGGCCUCAAAGGAAGAAAAUCAGAAGUUGCGUGACAUACUUAAACAGGCCUUAAAUGAAGCCAAUGUUGCAAAAGAAGCUGCAGGGAUUGCUAAGGCUGAAAAUUCCCAACUUAAGGAUAGCCUGGCCGAAAAGGAGGAUGCCUUGAAUUUCCUUACCCGAGAAAAUGAACACCUUAGGAUUAAUGAUGCUGCUGCUUUUGAGAACAUCAAAGAGUUGAAGCGGUUGCUUUCUGAGGCAUUGACAAAGGAGUUUAGGAAAGAAGAUAAGGAGAAAUCACCAACAAAGGAGUUCAAGAAGGAGGAUAAGGAGCACAAAGAUGGCAACAAAAUGGGUAAAGCUUUCAGUUUUCGUCUCAAGGAGUUGAAACUUCCCAAUAAACACAGAAAUGUGGAUGAGGACCCUGAAAAUGAUGAGGCUCUUACGAGCUCAAUAUUUGGCACUUUAGCUUCAUCAGAUUCAGCAGCCCAUCAGAGGAAAAAUCCGUCUUCUGUAUUCAGAGAUGGAGGAGAAACACUACAUCCUGAUGGAACCCAUUUUGAUGACCCAGACAAUGAUAAAGGCUCAAGAAAAAAGAGAGCGCUACUACGAAGGUUUGGAGAUCUUAUAAGGAGAAGUCAUCUUCAGAGGAAGGAACCAUUGAUUUGAAUAAACCUUUUGGAGUAAACAAAUUUUCCUACCACUUAGUUUUAUUCUUGGAACAGAUUAUCCACGUAGUUUUGAUUCUUGGAAAAUGAAACUUGCCACCAGAGAGUUAUACUGAACAUGCUCCCCAUGAUCUAUAGUUAUGUACAGUCUUUAUGUUGCCCUUUUUUUAUUCUUAAGCAAGUGAUUUCCCAUCG